AUGCCUUUCAACACGAAACUCACCCAGGCCUUGGGUAUCGAAUUACCUAUUGUCCAAGGUGGUAUGCAAUGGGUGGGAUAUGCGGAGUUAGCAAGCGCCGUGAGCAAUGCCGGAGGGUUGGGUAUCCUCACAGCUUUAACGCAACCCACUCCAGAAGAUCUACGCAAGGAGAUUCGAAGAUGUAGGGAAAUGACGAAGAAGCCAUUUGGUGUAAAUAUCACACUGUUACCUUCGAUUAAUCCCCCGGAUUACGGUGCAUACGCACAAGUCACUAUCGAUGAGGGAAUUAAAGUUGUCGAGACAGCAGGAAACAGUCCAGGCCCUGUCAUAAAGAUGUUGAAGGCUGCUGGAAUAAUCAUUCUACAUAAAUGUACGACCAUCAGACAUGCAGAGAGUGCAGUGAAGCUCGGCGUUGACUUUCUGAGCAUCGAUGGUUUCGAAUGUGCUGGGCAUGUUGGUGAAACUGAUAUCACGAACUUCAUCCUCCUUAGUAGAGCUAGACAAUCGCUCAAAGUUCCUUUCAUUGCGUCUGGUGGAUUCGCUGAUGGCCAAGGUCUUGCGGCUGCGCUUUCGCUCGGUGCUGAAGGUAUCAAUAUGGGAACACGAUUUAUGUGUACCGUCGAGGCACCAAUACACGAGAACAUCAAGAAAGAGAUUGUCAAGGCCUCUGAAGUUGAUACUCAGCUCGUUCUUCGAAGAUGGAAGAACACCUCUCGCUUGUAUAAAAACAAGGUUACUGCACAGGCAGUAAAGAUUGAACAAGAGAGUAAGACUGGAGAGUUCGCGGAGGUUGCUCCUUAUGUGAGCGGUAAGAGAGGUAGAGAAGUCUUUACCACUGGAGAUCCCGAUUACGGAGUUUGGACCGCAGGCCAAGUAAUUGGUCUCAUUCACGACAUCCCCACGUGUGAGGUACUUUGUAAGAGAAUCGAGAAGGAGGCCGUGGAGACAUUGAACAAAGCUUCAUCUCUCUUUCAGCCAACAAGCAAGCUCUGA